UUUGUUGAUGUUUCAGACUUUCUUUAGAUGUAAACAUAGCUGCACAGUAGAAGAUUCAAUAAUGCCAGUGGUAAAACGGCUUGUAGAGCCAAUUCAUUGCAGCAGAACGCCUAUUCCAAAAGGUGUUAAAAAUGACUUGGAAGCAGUCUCAGUGAAUACCCUGAGUGGAAUAAUUUUACAAUUGAGCAGCUUAGCAAGACAUGCCGAAGGAAUAUUUGCUGAGCUGUUCAUUGAAGCAAACAGCAUUCAUCAAAGAACUGUCAGUGUACAACAGAGAAUUGAACAGCUGAGUAUCAAGGUGACUAAAUUGGAUUCUGCAGGGGAAGAAAUCUCGUUGCAAGAAAUCAACAUGCAAAAAGCUUUCAAAAUGACAAUCCACGCAGACCAGCAGGUGAUAUCAAGACAAACUAUGCCACAAGCAAUGAUGGACAGUUAUGCAAGAUGCGACCAGACGCCUGACCUAAAUAGGUUAACCAAAUUCCGACAUGAUGAUAAAGAAGCUUUGAAGUUUUACACAGAUCCUUCUUACUUUUUCGAGUUAUGGAAGGAGAAAAUGAGUGCAGAGUUCGAGAAGAGGAGAAAGAAAAGGAAACGUGAACACAGGGGUAAGAAACGUGAUAUAGUGAAGAAAGAAGUGAAAGGGGUGAAGAAAAAAGACGUGGCGAAGAAUAUUCCAGAUUGGGAGAUUCAAGGUGGGAAACAAGGCAAUGCUGUGGUUUCAGCUACACCGGAACCAGUCGAUACCACUCUCUCUCCUGCUCAUUCUGAUAAGUCGGAUACUUCUCAGAGAUCGUCCCAACUUCUGUCUCCACGACGUCAAUCAACCAAGCGAGCAUCAAAUGCAUCGUCUAUCGGUCGUCCAAGUACAGCUCCACCGCCACCACCACCUGAAGGUUCAAGGCAUAGUGUUAGUCCUGUUUCUCCUCCCCCUCCACCACCUCUACCUGGUCAAAACAGCAAGCCUAUGUCACCACCGCCUCCACCCCCGCCGUCGAUACAAUCUCCAGUAUCUCAAUUCCCACCUCCACCCCCAUAUGAAGUUCCCAGUCCAGCAGAUGCUUCACUGCCACCACCCCCUCCACCGCCCCCUCCAACUGUAGGUCCACCACCUCCUCCACCUCCGGGUGUUAUGCCGCCACCUCCACCUACGCCUACAGGUGGAGCGGGAGGAGCGGUAACAGGAAAUCUCUUGCAGAGCGUUGCUCUUCGUUCUGCUCCUGCUCCUGAACCGGUAGUCGAUCCUAGAAAUGAUUUGCUUUCUGCAAUUCGCCAUGGAAUGAAUUUACGCCAAACGCAACAAGUCACUAAGGAGGAGAGAAAGGAAAUAGGAAUGGGUAAUGAUGUUGCUUCCAUUUUGGCAAGACGUAUCGCUGUUGAGUUUAGCGAUAGUGAUGAUAGUGAUUUCAGUGAUGAUGGCGACUGGAGUGAUGAUUGAUAGGUCUUAUAGGAAAAUUUGAUUGUAUAAUUUUAAAUUUGUUUUGUUUCAAGGACAAACCAGUGAACUGGAUAAUUUUCAUAUUGUGAUAUACACUGUUUUGAAAAAAGACGCUUUUGCUUAAAAAUAUAUUCUAUAAAUAAUGUAAUUAAAUCGCGAAAUAACUUUUGCACCGAUAAGACAAAAACUUCAAUCAGUCAAAUUAAUUUUUUUUUUUUUUUUUUGAUAAAUACCACUUUACGCUAAAUUCAUAUCAAUUUCAUUUUAGUACUGGAAUUUUGUGCUUUUUGCUUCGAAAAUUUCAUUUGUCUCAUGUAGUCAAUACAAAACUUUUUUUAAGAACCUUAAAAAAACAAGCCUGCAUGAGAUUUUUUUUUCAAAAGCAAUGUCGACAUUUUUUGGUAUCACAGUUUAAUUUUCCUUUAUUUUUAUAUCUUGUUUUUUAUAGGUUUUUUGAUUUCAUUUAGUUAUGUCGUAAAAUAUUCUUGUUUCAAACAAAAAAUUUUACCUAGACUUUCUAAAUUUUUUUGUUACAAACUUAAAUUUACUUAAAUUUAUUUAUCCACUUUCUACUUCGGAAUUCUAACUUUACGUGUUUGAUUACUCGGUUAGUCUUGUCUGUCAAAUUAAAACUGUAUUUUGAUCCUUUUUUCAUCAGAAAAUCGCGCAUUUCGCGAAAAAGGUAAUUCACAAUUUUUAGGACAGCUAGGAAAUCACUUGAUGUUGUAGGAAGUCCAAUGUACUCUCAGAACAACCGAUCCAUCAUGUUUCAAAGUCACUAUGUUUUUAGAUAUAGUUCUUGCAAACUAAAAUCACCCACCUUGCGUUUGGCAGGGAUUAAAAGGGUUAAUUACGUUUGUCGUCGUGUGAAACUUACAUGACUUCUGGAGCAAGGAAAGUUUCAUUUAUCUGUUUUCACUUCAGGCUUGCUGUUGUUCGCAAAUUGAAGAAUUUAAGUCUCAGGGUUGCUCAUAAAAUGUUGCUUAUAUAAAAAAAGUUAUAUUUUUCUUGCACUUUUAAUACUUUUAAUAGGUUAAUAGGUUUAUUUCUAGCCUAUUAAUAAAGUGAUCCGAACUUGAUAAUCACCAUGACAAUGCAUGUAAACACAUCCAAAAUAACUUUCCCGUCAACGAUUUAUUUUAUAUAUGCGCAAUUAUGUAUUUUGUUUCUUUUGUGGUAGAACGUGUAUCUACGAAUAAACCUUGUAGCCAUUAGAUGACUAACCUUAAUUUGUCUUGUAACUAACAAGGAAAAUAAAUAGCGUAAUGGAAAGUAUACUAAA